CCAGGAGAGCCAUGCCAAGGACGGAGAUCCCGAGUGUUGCCAGCGUUGCUUCUUCUGGGAGCUCUUCCACAGGUUUGCUUGGACACCACUGAGGAUGUGUGACCCCAACCAAGGCCUGCCACAACCGCACCUUGCAGUGUGCCCUCCCGCCCCUCCAGGAUACCCCGCUCCUGGUACAGGUUCCUACCCUGGUGGCAUUGCAGUGUGCCCUGCUGUCCCUCCAGGACAUCCCGGUCCUGGCAUGGGUUCCUGCCCUGGCAGUGUGGCAGUCUGCCCCCCAUGCCCUGCUCCGCAUGGCCAGCACCCCCACGGGCACCCCCCAUUGGGGCAUCAUCCUCACGGGCACCAGGAGCACCAUAAGAAGCACCAUAAGAAGCACCAUAAGAAGAAGCACUGCAAGAACCAUGAAGGCAAGCCCUCUGAUGGCUCACGCAGGUCAAGCAGCAGCUCAAGCAGCAGCUCUGACUCUGACUAAAGGUCUGGCAUGUCCCACCUGCUCCGUGGUGAUCAGCAAAACAUGAGACCAAACUCCUUGUCGGAAUCCCC